AGCUGGGCAAUUUCCCGCCAAAUCGAUCCUACCAAACCCUUGUCUGGUCGUCCCUCUCCCAGCAAACCCCAACUCCCCAUCUCUCUCUCUCUCUCUGUCUCCAUGGCAUCAGACUCUUCCCCAGCCAAUUUCAAUGGCGGUCCUUCUUCUCCCGACGACUCCUACUCGAGUCCGAUUGGCAACACAUUCUCGUCCCCCGGCGACGCCCACCGCCGCAAGAGAGGCCGACGACCCUCCGCAUCCUCCGCUUACGCAACCCCGCCUCCUCGAUUCGCUCCCGAUGUCACUCCAACACCACCCAGCACCCAGAGAAGGCGCGGAAGAAGAGCCCCCUCCGCCACUCCCGUCGCUGCCACUCCUUCAACCGACGACGCCCCGCCAUCGUCGGAAGGCGGCGAAGGGGAUGACGCCGACGAGGCCUCCCCGGUGUUCGUAUGGGGGACUAACAUUAGCGUUCAGGACGUCAAUGCCGCGAUUCUUCGGUUUCUGAGGCAUUUUCGGGAACACCCUUCGCACAUUGAGGGAAAGUACAUGAGGGCUAUAAACCGUGCUAUUGAACUCGAGGGAGAUUCACUCGAUGUCGACGCCCACGACGUGUAUGAUUACGAUACGGAUCUGUACACGAAGAUGGUUAGGUACCCGCUUGAGGUUCUUGUGAUUUUUGAUAUUGUUUUGAUAGAUAUGGUGAGUCGAAUCAACCCAUUGUUUGAGAAGCACAUCCAACCUCGGAUUUUCAAUCUCAAAACGUCUACGUCUAUGAGAAAUCUCAACCCAUCUGACAUCGAGAAGAUGGUAUCUUUGAAGGGAAUGAUUAUCCGGUGUAGUUCCAUUAUACCUGAAAUUAAGGAAGCUAUCUUCAGAUGCCUUGUAUGUGGAUAUUACACUGAUCCCAUUGUUGUAGAUCGAGGGCGAAUUAAUGAGCCUACUGUGUGUGGGAAGCUGGAGUGUCUUUCCAAGAACUCCAUGACGCUGGUUCACAAUCGGUGCAGGUUUGUUGAUAAGCAGAUUGUGAGGCUUCAAGAGACUCCAGAUGAGAUCCCUGAGGGGGGUACACCACAUACAGCAAGCUUGUUGAUGCAUGACAAGUUGGUGGAUGCUGGAAAACCAGGUGACAGAGUUGAGGUCACUGGGAUUUACAGGGCCAUGAGUGUCAGAGUUGGACCUGCACAGAGAACCGUGAAAUCUUUAUUUAAGACUUACAUUGAUUGUCUUCACUUAAAGAAAACCGAUAAAUCAAGACUGCAGGCGGAAGAUCCCAUUGAACUUGAUCAUGGAUCAAGUAGAAAUGAGGAAGAUGUCCCUAUUGACUAUGCAGACAAGGUGGAGCAAUUGAAAGAGCUGGCGAAGCAGCCUGACAUAUAUGAGAGGCUCACCAGGUCUCUGGCCCCAAAUAUAUGGGAAUUGGAUGAUGUAAAGAAAGGCCUUCUUUGCCAGCUUUUUGGCGGGAAUGCUUUGAAGUUGCCAUCUGGAGCUAGCUUCCGAGGUGACAUCAAUAUUCUUCUCGUUGGUGAUCCUGGAACCAGCAAAUCCCAGCUACUUCAAUACAUACACAAGCUAUCUCCUCGUGGUAUUUACACUAGUGGAAGAGGGAGUUCAGCUGUUGGCUUGACUGCCUAUGUUGCUAAAGAUCCUGAAACAGGAGAAACUGUUCUGGAAAGUGGAGCCCUGGUUUUAAGUGAUAGAGGCAUCUGCUGUAUUGAUGAAUUUGACAAGAUGUCUGAUAGUGCAAGGAGCAUGUUACACGAGGUAAUGGAGCAACAAACUGUUUCAAUAGCGAAGGCAGGGAUUAUUGCUUCACUUAGUGCAAGGACUUCAGUGCUUGCUUGUGCAAAUCCAAUUGGUUCACGCUAUAAUGCUCGAUUGUCCGUGAUUGACAACAUACAUCUCCCUCCUACUUUAUUGUCCAGGUUUGAUUUGAUUUACCUGAUCCUUGACAAGGCAGAUGAACAUACAGAUAGGCGCCUUGCUAAGCAUAUCGUCGCAUUACAUUUUGAGAAUCCUGAGAGUAUAGAGCAAAAUGUGGUAGACCUUCCUACUUUAACUGCAUAUGUGAGCUAUGCCCGAAAGAAUAUUCAUCCAAAAUUAUCUGAUGAAGCUGCUGAAGAGUUGACAAGAGGUUAUGUUGAGAUGAGGAAAAGAGGAAACUUCCCAGGCAGUAGUAAAAAGGUGAUAACAGCAACACCCAGGCAAAUUGAGAGUUUGAUACGCCUUAGUGAAGCCUUGGCUCGGAUUCGCUUCUCAGAAUGGGUAGAAAAACAAGAUGUAAUGGAGGCAUUCCGACUUCUGGAAGUUGCUAUGCAGCAGUCAGCAACAGAUCACUCCACUGGAACCAUUGAUAUGGAUCUCAUUACGACUGGAAUUUCUGCGAGUGAGAGGAUGCGACGGGAAAAUUUGUUGUCUGCAACUCGCAACAUAAUUAUGGAAAAGAUGCAACUUGGGGGUCCUUCAACUCGCAUGAUGGAGUUACUGGAAGACGUAAAGAAGCAAAUCUCUGGUGGUGAAGUCCUCCUUAAUGAUCUACGGAAUGCACUGGCUACUCUUGCAAGCGAGGGUUUUGUACAUGUUCGUGGUGAUAGUGUAAAGAGAAUAUGAUGAGAGGUUGAUGAACAUAAUGCUUCAGUUAUCAUUAUAACUUAACCAGAUUCCUGAGACAGCUGUGGAGAAGAUGCUGCUACUGGAAAUUUUUUUUGCACUAAAUCAAACCAGAAUGUAAUGUUCAAGUCUUGUUUGGCUUGGGCUAGUUGUGUAUACUAUUUUAGUCCAUCCUUAAGAUAUCAUGCAACCUGUAAAUUCCUGUUUGAAGUGACUUUAUUUUGAUGUGUUCUACAUCAUUUUUUAUGUGAUAUUUAACAAAGCUUUUUUAGUGCUA